AUGAAUCCGUUAUUGGGAGAGAACGCGUACCUGGUUCAGCAACAGCAGCAUAACCAGAUGGGCAGCAAUUUGGAUUCUUCCAUGACAGGCCUAGACUCAUACGGUGCACCUGACUCAGGCUUCAUCUUGGGUGAGCACACUGGCUUUGGACAAGAUGGGCUAUCUGGCCUGGAAUUUAGUGCGCUGCCACCUUCGGGACUCGCGUAUCUGCACCUGAACAACAUGCACCGUGCGCCGCCGCCCCCCGCAGCGAUGGCCCUGCGUAACGACUUGGGCUCCAACAUCAGUGUUCUCAAGACCUUGAAUUUGCGCUUCCGUUGCUUUUUGGCUAAAGUUCAUGAGCUGGAGCGUCGGAAUAAAGCUUUAGAGAAACAGCUUCAGCAGGCUUUGGAAAAUAACGAGGACAAUUCAGGAGAAGGACACAGGAAAAAGCCAUUGACUAAGGAAAUGGGAGUCCAGACUGGUUUCGUAGGGCCCAUCGCAGUUAGGCCUGGACAUAUCCCCCUCCAGAACGUCAAUAAUUCUGCAUACCUGCCCGGAGGGCUUCUCUCUCCAUCACUCAACAGACCUACAACUCCCGUCUUUGAGUCCAACAGCAAAUCACUAUUUAGGAACUCGACUCUGACGGCUACUAACCCGCCUCCCCGGUUCCUUCCCGGCACCGUUUGGUCCUACAACCACGACCGCAGGUUUGGCGCGGGGAGGGAGUCGCGCGUUACAGACAUGGGUGUGCCUUGUGCCCAAACGGACGGAGUAGGUGUACAAAUCGACACCAUCACCCCUGAGAUACGGGCCCUGUACAACGUGUUGGGCAAGGUGAAACGAGAGAGGGAUGAGUAUAAACGCAGAUGGGAGGAAGAGUAUACAUUCAGAGUGGACCUCCAGGAGAAAGUGGCUGAGCUGGAGGAGGAUCUCCAGGAGAGUGAGGUGUGUCAGGAUGAGCUGGCCCUCAGGGUGAAACAGCUGAAAGCUGAGUUGGUCCUCUUCAAAGGCCUAAUGAGCAACAACCUGUCGGAUCUGGACAGUAAGAUCCAGGAGAAGGCCAUGAAGGUGGACAUGGACAUCUGUAGACGCAUCGACAUCACGGCUCGCCUGUGUGAUGUGGCCCAGCAGAGGAACUGUGAGGACAUGAUCCAGAUCUUCCAGAUGGCCACACCUCCUUCCACUCUGACUCGCCGGCCCCGAAAGCAGGCGGCCCAGUCGGUUAAAGGCGGUGAUGGGGAUGAACCAACCAGCAUCUCUGAGAGCGAAAGGGGCAAGGAUGAGGAGUCGUGUAGCACGUCAGCCAAUCAGAUCAACGAGGAGAUGCAGAGGAUGCUGAACCAGCUGAGGGAGUGUGAGUUUGAGGACGACUGUGACAGCCUGGCCUGGGAGGAGACUGAGGAGACUCUGCUGCUGUGGGAGGAUUUUCCAGGAUACACUCUGGGAGCAGUGGAGACCCAGGGAGAGCAGGAGGAGUCCAUAGAGAAGGUGAUAAAGGACACAGAGUCCCUCUUCCAGACUAGAGAGAAGGAAUAUCAGGAGACAAUCGACCAGAUCGAGUUGGAGCUGGCCACAGCUAAGAGUGACAUGAACAGACACCUGCACGAGUACAUGGAGAUGUGUUCCAUGAAGCGAGGCCUGGACGUGCAGAUGGAGACGUGCAGGAGACUCAUCACCCAGAGUGGAGACAGGAAAUCUCCCCCUCUCGUUACUGCGGCAAUGGAAGACUCUGAUGACGGAGAGAAGGAGUGGAAAAAGGCGUCUCCACCCGCAGACUCUGAAAGUGAUGAACCCUACUGUGAAACACAGGUUAAUAGUGGUACGGUCCCUCACUUACCAUGGAGGAAGUCCUAA